UUCCCACGACAACACUACGAUGCUCUGCCUCAUCAUGGCGAGGGCUGGAUUCAUUCAGCUCGAGACAGCCUUGGUAGUGGAGUACCAAGAGCUCCAAGGUUUGAUGCUUCCCUCGCAUUUCUCCGUAGCUUCGAAGACGAGUUCGGCAGCCUCCCUGGACCUCAGCCGUCCAUGUUGUGCCCAGACCAAUCUUUCGUCCAUAGCAUUUCGACCGAUCCAAAGGUUGGGAUGGGCCGAUUAGUGCAGAGACAGGCGCUCUUCCAAGACACGUGGAGUAGAGAGCUCCCUGGGAUCUCUUAUUGACAAGGACCUCCCGGGGGAUUUCUCUAUUUUCGAACCCAGCUGCCACUUUCUUCCACACAUUUCACAUUCUGUCUUGCUUCGCCCAAGUCUUGCGGCUUUGCUCAAGAUGUCUUCUCAGUCAUCAGAGUCUGCAGAUUAUAUUCAUAUGAAGGGUGAGAGAAAAUCUCUCCCAGCUUAUCCUGCCCCAGCCAAACGACCGGGCCCUUCCUUGAGCAAGCGACAUAGCAGUCAAGGCACAAUUUUUGACCAAGACAAGUUCAACACGACAGUAAAAUAUCUCCAUCGGCGCUGUUCUGAUCGGAAAUGGCUUCAAGAGUUUGGUGACGACAAUGGAAACGCUCCGGAGCAAACUGCUCUUGGCGUUGCCAUUCGAAAGCCAGAUGGGGUCAACUACGCAACCGAGCCCGCAACCGUAGAUGCCCAAUUUCUAGAAGCACUACGACUUGUAGGCGCUCGAGUUGGAGUGACCAUGUCCUCUGAGAUCACGGAGAACUUGUUCGCGCAAGUGAGCCCUUUCCAAGCUGAUCUUCAUCUUGGCCCAAGAGUCAAGGUUCCCGUGAUUCAAUCUCUGGACGCUUUUCUUGACGGCAGAGAAGAGAUUGAACCUAAGUCAUACGCCUGUCUGCUUCGAGAGGAGCGUAUCGUGAUGCUUUGGAGUGACACCGUCGAAGGAAUUCUUUCUCAUGCUGCUGACGUGGAAGACAAGCUUAUGGCUCACGUAUGGGGCUCGCAUAUCAGCACACCAAACAACUAUUCUUGGUCUCCGGGCUACGCAGGUGCACGAGGAGGCGCAUCUAGCUCUCCCAGUUCUGCUUCCAUUGUCUUGGAUGAAAAGUAUCUCGCUAUCCAGGCAGCAAUUGAUAUUGAAGAUCGUGGUGAUGAUUAUUUUGACCCAAACACAGAGUCUGCUGCUCCUCCCCCACGACCAUUUCUGUUACUGCAUGCUGGUGUGAUUGGAGUGUCCAUGGCACUUGUUGUCUUCGUCGAAAUGCUCUGUGUCUCGAAACUUUUGACAGAGUAUCGAUACGAUGGCAAAGUCAUCCGCUUUUCUCUCGUCUUUACAAUCCCAAUCUUUGUCAUGUUCUCUCUGUUCUACUUUGUCGUCAUUGGCGGAAGUCUGUUCCAGCUUUUUGGUCCGUUGACCUACGUCCGUAGCAACUCUAUGUUCUACUCGGCCAAGGCACCCAAGAGGGAGCGAUAUCCAGAUUUGGAACUUCCUCAUAUCACGAUUCAGAUGCCUGUCUACAAAGAGGGCUUGAAAGGAGUCAUUAUUCCUACCGUCACCAGUUUGCAAGCUGCUAUUGCUAAGUACGAAGAGAUUGGAGGCACUGCUUCCAUUUUUGUCAACGACGAUGGUAUGCAAACCGUGAGUGCCGACCUAGCAGAGGCUAGUCGAGCUUUCUAUGAAGUCAAUGGUAUCGGAUGGUGUUCUCGUCCAAAGGACACUUCGAUGAUCACCGUUGAAGACGAAGAAGGCGGAAGAGGCAAAUGGGGUUUCUUCAAGAGAACGAAGAAACUCAAGAACCCUGAUGGUUUCGUCCGUAAGGGUCAAUUCAAGAAAGCUUCCAACAUGAACUACUGUCUUGACUUCUCCAUCCGUGUCGAAGACGAGUUCCUACGUCUUAUGGCCGCUCGGGCUGAGUCCAAGUCGUGUACCGUUGAGGAGUUGACCAUUGAAGACGAGAACGAGCUCUAUGAUGAUGCAAUGAAGACAAUAGUUGAGUCUGAUGAGGGACGCACGUUGGCUGCGGGCAAUGUUCGAAUGGGAGAGAUUGUGUUGCUCAUUGAUUCAGACACCCGAGUGCCCGAGGACUGUCUUCUCUACGGAGCGCUCGAGCUUCACGAAAGUCCAGAGGUAGCAAUCCUGCAACACGCAUCUGGCGUCAUGCAAGUCGCUAACAAUGCUUUCGAAAACGGCAUCACUUACUUCACCAACCUUAUUUACAUGUCUAUCCAGUUCGCCGUCGGUAACGGUGACAGUGCACCGUUCGUCGGUCACAAUGCCUUCCUCCGCUGGAAAGCAGUCCAGGCUGUUUCUUUUGAAGAGGAUGGCAUGCGUAAGUUCUGGUCUGAUAGUCACGUGUCGGAGGACUUCGAUAUCAGUUUGCGCAUGCAGAUGAAUAACUUCAUCGUUCGCUUGGCUACCUACCAUCAAGGUGGAUUCAAAGAGGGUGUCUCGCUUACUGUCUAUGACGAACUUGCUCGUUGGGAGAAAUAUGCGUAUGGUUGCAACGAGCUUGUCUUCAGACCUUUCAGAUACUGGUACAAAGGCCCAUUUACUCCGCUAUUCAUGAGAUUCUUGUGGAGUGACAUCAAAAUCACUUCCAAGAUGACCAUCUUAGCAUACAUUGGCACGUACUACGCCAUUGCUGCGGCCGUUCCAUUGACAUUAGCAAACUACCUCAUUGUUGGGUGGUUCUCAUCCGAAGUCGAUCAAUUCUAUCUUACCAGUUGGAAGAUCUUCGUCGGUAUGGCUGUUGUGUUCAACCUCUUGUCACCUCUUGCCUUCGCAAUGUUGCGUCACCGUCUCGGAGAAAAAGUCUUUUUCUGGUCAGUCGUCGACACCAUUAAAUGGACCCCAAUGUUCGUUCUCUUCUUCGGAGGCCUCUCCAUCCAUCUCUCCGCAGCUCUUCUUUGCCACUUCUUCUCCAUCAAGAUGGAAUGGACAGCUACUGCCAAAGAAGUUGAGAAGCAGGGUUUCCGUGUCGGUCUAGACAAGAUCGUGAAAGACUUCAAGUUCAUGUAUAUGUUGUGCAUUCCCAUCAUUGGUGGCAUGAUUUACCUUGGGACGAGUGCUCCUCGUGGAUGGACGAUCACGGAUUUUGCCGCCAUCGUCCCUCUCGCUAAUCAGAUUGGUUGUCAUGCUCUUUUGCCAUUUGCUUUGGGUUUGAUCUAGACUUCUGCAGCAGCUUUACUGUAUUUCAGUUGCUUGUUUUUAUAAGGAUGGGACUUAAUUACGGAUUGUCGUGUGUUUUAAUAGCGUCUCGCGUUUGGUUUGUUUGGGUCACGAUGGACCCUGCGCCGUCCGUAUUACAGAAUUCCAUUAACGAACUUAUGAAUAAUACCUGUUAUACAUUCAGAACUAGUAGAAAAGUAACAUUUAACGAAUUAUUCAUUUACCUCA